CAAGCCAAUUGCUGCUGAAUUGCUGAUCCCGCGGUCUUUAUUUUCUCCUCCGCCCGAUUUCCCCUCUCCCGUCGCUCGUCACUCUCACUCUCACUUGGUCUUACCACUUGAUCUCCUCAUCCAUCAUCCUUUCUCUCUCUCCCUCUCCCUCUCCCUUUCUCUCCCUCACUAUCUCCUGCAUUUUAGACAUCCUUUCUCUUCGUCUAAUAGCUUUCCAUUCUCCCUUUGCACAGCUUGACCAAGUUCAAUAGAAAGCUCCUUUUCCGCUCUCGCACCGCCUCAGCGCCCGCCCUCAGCAGACGUCACACACCCCACGGAACCUUGGCGAUUAGGCAGACGCUUUCCUCUGUUUUUUCCAACCCUUCUAGAAGUUUUCGAAGCUAUUCUUACAUAUAAUUGUGACCCUGAUCUUUCGAGAUACAAAGUCGGCCCAUUACCGUUUCCUGGUGACAGGAAUUAAUCCGGACUGUCGCUCACGAUGGCCGCAACGAACUCCUCCGCCCCUCUUCUUCCUAACGGAACCCAGUCGGUCGGCCUCGCGACCAACUCACCCUCCACCACGACCACUAAUACCACCACAAGCCGGAUCUUGACCGGGAAGCAAGAACAUUAUCUCAAGCGCGAACUCAUCGCCCGACAAGUCCAGAGCGAAAUUGCCGAGUUGAACUCCCCUACAGCCCUGCAACGCUUCGGCGCCCCCUUCAAGUCGGAAUUCGGUGAAGUCGCUCCAGUCGAUUCUGAACUCCCCAUCCUCCGAUAUAUCUUCGUGCACCAUGUGCGCAACUUCCCAUUCCUGGAUAAGGCUCGCGAGAAGGAAUUCUGGCAAGAUAAGCUUCAAGUGUUUCUCGAGUCGUUCGCAAAGAAACAUGUGUCUUCGUCGGAGGAUCGCUUGGAAGAGACGAAGCGCAGAAAGCUGGCGCGCAAAUGCGAAAAGCUGGUCGAGCUAAUGAUGGUUUCUGGAAUCCCUACUGCAUCGGGCUAUGAAGAACGCAUUCAGUUUUCGGAGAUGGAAGUCGUGGAUCGCGGGGCCAACGAAAAGGGUUUGUUGGUCAACAUGCCUGAAGGAAACUCAAUUCACGGAUGGGACAUCAAUGUGGCUGCGGUCCGGGUUACAUCGGUCAGACGGACUGUGCGAUAUCAUCAACAUGCAGAAUUUAUUAUUCGGGUGCGCCGAGAUGGGAAGCAAGAUACCUUCGUGGCUCGUCGAUACGGCGAUUUCUCUAGGCUACACAAACGGCUGCGCACUGAGUUUCCCGGGAAGCCACUGCCUCCGCUGCCACGCAAGAACAAGUCUUCAUUGACAUCCAGCAUAUUUGGCUCUGCAGACGACGAAGCCUCAUCAAUUUCGUCUGUUUCCACUCAAGACACGAGCGCAGUAGACGACGGCUACUCAUCUCGCAACCUAGCGCCCGGCAACCACCAUACUCGUUCACUGUCACGGUCUUCCAUGCGGUCGCUCCGAUCGCCUAGGGCCUCGGGAGACGCGCCCCGGGAAUCGGUGCUCUAUAGAGAAGAACAGCGAGUCUCCCUUCGAGCGUUUCUCCGUACUCUGUUACAGAACAAGCGGGUGGCGGACACCAAAGCUCUCGAGGACUUCUUGACUGCCAACCCGAUUACUCUGAAUGAAGAGGAGAAAAUGGAUAUGCAGAAGCGCAAAGAGGUAGAUGCUGUGCGGAUUGAGGAGCAGAAGCGGUUUUAUGAAAUCGCGAGAGCGCGGGCGGCUGAGUUGGACGCGUACAUGGAGAAUUUCCGCCGGGAUAUCGUCGAGAGUAAUGGAUUGACGAAACUCUUCGCUGAAAUCAAGGAGAAGCCGACAGUGGAGGAUCUGAGCCCACAAUACCAGAAAUUCGCCGAAUGGCUACGCAUUGAAGUUGCCGCUACGCUCUAUCAUCUUUUUCUGGCCGAGGACAAUUCUCCGGAACUGUUCGCGCAGGCCAAGAGGAUCCACUCUCUUGUCCCUUACAGUCUUCUGAAAAAUGUGAUUCGCAUUGCCAACCCGGCAGCUGUGAUGUCGGGAGUACUGGACCUCUUCCUGGCUCAACCUUUUGGCUCCCGGUCCCUACUCCAACGCAUAUUUUCUAUGACUUUGAACGACGGGAUCAGAGCUUUCCAGAAGUCAAUCGAUGCGCUGGCCGCGACGAUUGAAGAUCCUGUCCUUUGCCAAAAGUUGAAGGCAUUCACCGACGCCGACGAAGACUUGAAGAAUGAGAUUCGCGCCGAGGCCACCGCAGAGGAUGUUGACAUCAUUGUGGCGAUUCUCAAGACGGAGCUUAUCUCUCCUGAGUUGACCCCAGAACAGUUUGGUAAAGUGUUCAAUGCCUACGUUGCCUGGAAUCAGGCUGUCGAGAGUGUUGACGCGGAAAUGCGAGAAGGCGCUCAUUGGUUUGCCAAUCUGAAGCAGCUGCUCAAACUCUACACCCGCCAGCGGGACAAGACUAUGAUGCUCAGCAUCGUGGAGGAGCCGGUUACUCUGCAGCUCUUCCGCGACCUCUUCACAAUUUUCUACGAGCCGCUCGUGAGGGUCUACAAGUCGGCCAAUGUCUACAACAGUAUCACGGACUUUGCACGCUUUGCGGAUGACGCCAUCGCCGUGAUCGAAAAGUGUCAUCGACAGGAUGUGUCUGCCGACCCCAACCAGACUGUUCAAGCCUUCAUUGAUCUUUGUGAGCGCCACCAAAGCAGCUUCUACAAGUUUGUGCAUGAGGUGCACUUACAUGACAACGGUCUGUUUGGAUCCCUCAUGGCAUGGAUUGAAGACAUUCUUGAAUUCCUGCGCAAAGGACCACGUGGUGGCAAGCUAGACAUGAAUGCCCUACUCACAGGAGCAAGGGAUGUGGGCCAGAUCGACAAAGACAAGGCAUUGGAUGAGAUUAACGCUCUUAUCAAAUGGCAUGCCGAUCGGAAACGGUGGCAUCUCAACAAGACCAGACAGAAGAUGGCAGCUGAGGGAACUGGCAAUGAGAUCAUCCCUGGUAGCACGACCUUCAGGAGCAGUGACUUCGGUUUGGAUGAGGCCGAUCUUGAGGACCUUGCCAUUUCAGACGAAGAGUCUGACGCGUCCGAUGAGUUGGAUGACGAAGAUGAUCUCGAUCCCAUCACGGCUGAGCGGAGACGUCGGGUAAAGAAGCAGGAUCAGCUCCGGCGUACGGCGGGAGAGCCCGUCAAGCCGGAGAUCCAGGAGAUACUCAAACUAUCUGAGUCGUUUGGUGUUAUGUUGCGACAGCCUGCGAACAAGUUCCAAUGUAAGAAUCACGGAACAAACCAUGGUCGAUACUGUAUGCUAUGCCCCUUUCCAUUUCCUCGACUACCCAGUGUUGCGAUUUACACAUGCGAAAACAAGAAAUGCGACUUCUUCCUCUGGGCCAGCGACGCCGAGCUGCGCGAGAAAGCCACCGUCCUCUCCAAUUCUCGAUCGGAAUCAGAUCCUGCAACGACCCAGACUCCGACCAGAAGACCUCGAGUAUUCAACGGUCUCCUCACCCCACAGACAGAGCCGCGCUUCCAUCGCCACAGCCCCGCAACGGGCGGCGGGCAGCAGAAGCAGCAGCAGCAGCAGCUCAGCCACAUGUUCUCCAGAAGCGCCAAGGCGCGCAUGAUGUCAGAAGACAUCGAUGAAUUCGAGUGGGACGACGACGUCGGGGCCGAAGUAGGCAAACUGUUGGACGUGAAGCCAAUCCGCCAGCCCAACUUCGGACCUCCUAAGGCCCACCAGGGUCCAGCUUCUCGCGCGCACCAGCCGCCGCCGUCCUUGACAUCCCCGGCCAAGAGAAAGUGGUCGGACACGGAAGAUGAUCACGAGUCUAAAUUCGGCCGUCAUACCUCGACCGCCUCAUUCGCGCAAGUCACACCCCGCUCGCAUACCGAUCGCGUCCCAUCCUUCUCGUCGGCGACCGCGGCGCCGCCCUCGUCUAUGGAGAUUUCAAUGUCGCCGACCCCGACUCGGUUUCGGGAUGCUAUGGCUGGGGGAGAUGAGACGCCGCUGGACGCAUCGCAGCUGGCUUCGCAGGCCGUCCGGAUCUUGGAGAGUCAUGGUGUAGCUCUUCCCAAGCAGGCACAGGAUGAGCUUAUGUCCCUGCUUGAUAAAUAUGAUCUGAAGAUGAUGGGGAUUAUCCGGGGACGAGACAUCUCGCGCGUGGCGUUGAAGAAGAAAGAUGAGCAGAUUGAGCACGACAUCCCCGCCAUGUUUCGGCCCCCCGUGAAUCGCGCCAUGCGCGUGCUGGACCGGUCGUUCUUCAAGCGAACGGUGCCGGUCUCUGCUGCCACGAUCUUUAAGACCUCGGAUAUUGCGACGGUGCGACAAGCACUGCACAAGAAGCGCGACUUGUUGGCGCUGCCCAGAAUGGCCACGCUGCGGGAUAUCAAGCAGGAUGAUGCCGUGCGCAAAUGCCUGUUGCUGCGGGAGGAGAUCAAGCAUGACGAUACGGCGACCUGGUCUCCUACCGUCUCCGAAUUGGUUGAGAAGGGCAUGGUGAGCGUUGGCCCUUACGAUUUGACGAUUGACUAUGAUUACUGGUCCUAUGCCGACAUCAUGGCAUCCAUUCUCCCCGAAGAGCUGUGCGAUGAAAUCCCCCAGGGCUUCACCCAAGUCGGACACGUCUCCCACCUCAACCUCCGCGAACAAUACCUUCCCUACAAACAGAUCAUUGCCGAGAUCCUCUUGGACAAGAACCCCACCGUGAAGACGGUGAUCCGCAAGACCGACGACGUGGGCUCCCACAGCCAAUUCCGCACCUUCCCCUUCGAGCUGCUCGGGGGCGUGAAUGACCUGAAUGUCAUCCAACACGAACAGAACUGCGAAUUCCGGUUCGACUACUCGCGGGUGUACUGGAACAGCCGGCUGGAGACGGAGCACCGGCGGCUGGUGGACAAGUUCCGGCCCGGGGAGAUGGUCUGCGACGUGAUGGCGGGCGUGGGCCCCUUCGCCGUGCCGGCGGGCAAGAAGAAGAUCUUCGUCUGGGCCAACGACCUCAACCCGCACGGGUACGAGGUCAUGCAGGACGCGAUCAAGCGCAACAAGGUCGACAAGUUCGUGACGCCGCACAACCAGGACGGGCGCGACUUCAUCCGGUCGUCGGCCCGCCGGCUCCUCGAAUCCCCGCUCACCGUGACCAUCGAACCCAAGGUCCGCCGCAGCCAGAAGGACACCGCGCCGCCGCCGGAGGUGUUCCACCGCCCCACCGUCUUCCAGCACUACGUGAUGAACCUGCCCGGCAACGCGAUCGAGUUUUUGGACGCCUUCGUCGGGGUGUACGCGGGCGAGGAGGCGCGGUUCGCGCCGCACACGGAGCAGAAGCUGCCGACGGUGCACGUGUAUUGCUUCUCGGGCCAUUCGGAGGACGAGCACGACGACCAUGUGGAUAUCUGCCAGCGCAUCUCGGAGCGCAUUGGGUUUGAGAUCACGACGGAGGACCGCGUCGGGGGCAGUGGCCGGCAGGAGCUGGAGCUGGCCAUCCACAACGUGCGGUUGGUGAGUCCCAACAAGCAGAUGUUCUGUGCCAGUUUCCGCCUGCCGGAGGAUGUGGCCUUCAAGAAGCCUACAUGUAUAAAGGGCGUUUAUUUCGAUUCGAGAGUCUUCCAACUCCCCGCCCCGACGCACCGCAAGCGCACCCUCCCGCAGGGCGAACUCGAGGCGGCGUCGACGCUGCGCCUGGGCGCGGACCAGAACACCCACACGCUGUCGUUGUCCGAGGCACGGUUGGUCAUCAAUAAGGUGUUGGAGAAUAAGCGGCGCGGGGGGAAGAAGUAUGAGGAGCCUGAAAAUCUGACCAAGACGCUCGACUACCUGGAGGUGUUUGCGCGGUUCAAGGACGAGGAGAACAUCAAGGCGGUGGAGCGGUUGCUGAACUCGCAUACGGAGUUGGAGAUGUUUGAGCGGUCGCAGCUUGGCAGUCUCUGCUGCGAUAAUGCGGAGGAAGCGAAGUCGCUCAUCCCCAGUCUGCAGCAUAAGAUCUCGGAUGGGGAUCUGCAGGAGCUGUUGGAUGAGUUGACCAAGUUGCGGAACUUCACGGAGUGAAGUGUGGUUUUGGGUGAUCUGCUUCCCCUGGGUUUGGGGGGCUUUGGAAAGGUUGGGAGGGAGGGAAAGGGAUAUUCUAGCAUGGAGUUCUGGUGUUGUUGUUGUUGUUGUUGUUGUUGUUUUUUUUUUGUUUUUUUUGUGUCUUGUUAUGGUGGUGAUGUGUUGGGCAGUGGGAGGGGGUAGGUAUAGUAGGGCGAUUUGUUUGAGGUUUGUAGACUAAGUACUCCUAGGUUGAGACUCGUAUAGUGUACGGUAGAUGUGAUUGAUGUACUCGAGUAUGCCCACGGAAAUCUCCUCACAAGGCGAUCGCAUCUUUCGGAAAGUCAAUAAAAUCGCCGGAGGUCACACCAAGCCAAUAAGAGGCGUGAUAUA